GGAGAUGGAGACUAACCCGUAGUCCAGUAAACUCACUGUUACUGAGCGAGAGCUUCCCUACGCAUCAUUCAUGGGCAACAAAGACAAGGCUAGAGAGAGGAGAGAGAAAAGGCGCCAAGAAAUCUCUCUUGUCCGAACUAUUCCCUAUUCCGAUCGUCAAAGAUGGUGGACCUCCAACACCAUUGCAGUGGUGACUGGUGCAAAUAGGGGAAUUGGAUAUGAGAUAUCACACCAACUUGCCACGCACGGAUUGACAGUUAUUUUCACCUCGAGAGACACUAGCGCUGGAGAAGAAGUAGCAAAGGCCUUACAAGAACGAGGUCUAAAUGUCGUGUACCAUCAACUAGAUAUUAUGGAUCCUUCAUCGAUUGAAGCAUUUUCUACAUGGAUAGAGGGAGUUUAUGGUGGUAUAGAUAUAUUGGUAAAUAAUGCAGGAGUAAACUUCAAUUUUGGGUCAGACAACUCCGUGGAACAUGCCGAAAAAGUCAUUGCUACCAACUACUACGGGACCAAAAACAUGAUCAAAGCCAUGGUCCCUCUCAUGAGACACUCAACUUCAGGUGCUCGCAUUGUUAAUGUUAGUUCAAGGCUGGGAAGACUGAAUGGAAGACGGAAUAGAAUCGGAAAUGUUGAGUUAAGAAGAAAGCUGGAAGAUGAGGAAUCACUCUCUGAGGAACUCGUCGACCAGACAAUGGAUAUGUUCUUGGAGCAAGUAAAAGAUGGCAGUUGGAAAGAGGGUGGUUGGCCUCAAGUUUACACUGACUACUCUCUGUCAAAAUUGGCUGUCAAUGUUUACACGAGGUUAAUGGCUCGGAUGUACUCGGAGCAGGUGGAGGGUGAGAAGAUAUAUAUGAACUGCUGCUGCCCCGGCUGGGUGAAAACACGUAUGACUGAUUGGGCCGGGCACACUAGCCCCGAAGAAGGGGCUGAUACUGCAGUAUGGCUUGCCCUGCUUCAAGACCAAACUGUGAGUGGAAGAUUCUUUGCUGAGAGGCGUGAGAUUAAUUUUUAAGAUACAGGAUGGCGUUCCUUCUUGAACGAGAAACGAAGUAACGCUGCUGGUAAGGAAAAUUACCUGUGCCUACUGUUUUAAUUUGAUGUAUGUUCAAAACUGAGUUAUUUGCACUGCUUACUUGGGUUAAAACUUUAAUAAAAAAUUGGUGUUGUUUGUAUUGAAA